AUGAUGAUUCUUGUACUACUAAUAACUCUUCCAAUAAUCUUGAUCUACCUUAUUCAGAAACAAAGAAAGAAUACUGUAACGAAACAAGGUCGGGGGGCGCAGCUUGUGCCUCCGGGUCCUCCGGGCCUCCCGUUCAUCGGCAAUCUCCACCAAUUCGGUGCCGCCAGUAAUCCACAUGUCUACUUAUGGAAGCUUUCGAAAAAAUACGGCGAUUUAUUGCACCUUAAACUAGGUCCUGCAUCGGCAAUUGUAAUCUCAUCGGCAAGGUUGGCGAAACAAGUCUUGAAAACACAAGACUUGUCGUUUUGCAAAUAUACAUUAACAUGCAGUAGGCCCAACUCUCUAGGGCAGCAAAAACUCUCCUACAACUGCGUGGAUAUCGUCUUUUCGCCCUACGGCGAAUAUUGGAGGGAUUUACGCAAAAUCACGGCCACUCAUCUCUUGAGCAUUAAGAAAACGCAAUCUUUUCGGCCACUUCGGGAAGACGAAAUCGCACGUGUGGUUUCGCGGAUUAGUGAUCAUGGUGAUGGGAAAGUUGUCAACUUGAGUGAGAUAACAAUGGCACUUGGGAGUAAUUUGAUAUGUCGAAUUGCUUUCGGGAAGAGAUACGACGAGAGCGGGUCGGAGAUGCGUCGGUUCAAAGGGCUUCUGCAUGAGGCUCAAGCCCUUAUGGCGACCUUCUUUGUGUCCGAUUUCUAUCCUUCGUUUGGUUGGAUUGAUAAAAUCACGGGGUUGAGUAGUCGGCUUGAGACGACUUUCGAGAAGUUGGAUUUGUUCUAUCAAGAGCUUAUUGACGACCAUCUUGAUCCCGCGAGGGCGAAAAAGACGGGCGAUGAUGAUGAAGAUGAUGAUGAUAUUCUUGAUGUAUUGAUCAAGCUUAAACAAGAAAAAUCUUGCUCUAUUGACCUCAAUUGGGACCAUAUCAAAGCAUUGCUCAUGAAUAUAUUCAUCGCUGCAACGGAUACAAGCGCGGCCUCAACCGUGUGGACAAUGACCGCCCUGAUGAAAGCGCCACGGGUCAUGGAGAAAGUGCAAGCCGAGAUUCGAAAUUCGAUAGCCAAAAAGGGUAAAGUGGACGAAAACGAUCUGCCAAAACUUCCGUAUCUAAAGGCGGUCAUAAGCGAGACUCUCCGAUUGUACCCUCCAGCUCCACUGCUUGUACCUAGACAAACAAUUGAGAAAUGCACUCUCGAGGGAUACGUAAUCGAGCCGAGAACACUUGUUUAUGUUAACGCGUGGGCGAUUGCAAGAGAUCCCGAUUACUGGGAAAAUCCAGAUGAGUUCUUGCCGGAGAGAUUCUUGAAUAGCAAUAUUGACAUUAAAGGGCAAGAUUAUGGUGUGAUUCCAUUCGGGUCGGGUCGGAGAAUAUGCCCCGGGAUGUAUAUGGGUCUUGCAAAUGUGGAGCUUACGGUUGCGAAUCUACUAUACUCUUUCAACUGGGAAUUGCCACCCGGGAUUCAGGCGAAAGAUAUCGAUACGGAUGUUAUGCCGGGACUCACAAUGCAUAAGAAAAAUGCACUUCUUCUUGCACCUAAGAAGUAUGUUGCUUAA